CGCCGGCAGCCAUGAGGAAGGCGAGAGCGGCGGCCGCCCCCAAGCCGAAGCCGAAGCCGAGGCCCAGGGCCAGGGCCGCGCCGAAGCCCAAGGCGACGCCCAGUCCCGCCUCCCUGCUCUCCGGCGGCUCCUCGCCGUCCGCCGGCGGCGGCACGCCGUCGUACCCCGCAGCCGACCUCAGCUUCCUCUCGCCCUCGCACUCGCCGGCGAAGCCCAGGACCAGGGGCUCCCCCCUCGCCUCCCCCGCGGCUGCCUCACCCCUCGCCGCCCCCGCUGCCCUGUCCACGAUCGCCGACCUGCGGAGCCUCGCCGCGUCCCACCUCGACUCCCUCAAGCGCCGCCUCGACGCGCUCCACGGCGACUCCGUCCGGGACCUCGAGGCGUCCCACUCCCGCCUCUCCAAGCGCGUCAAGAUGCAGACGCAUGGCUGCCUGCAGCUGGCGGAGGAGGCGGACAAGGAGCACAAGAAGGUGGCUGACAAGAUCGCCGAGCGCGCCGAGUUGGUGAAGAGCUCUUACAAGAAGUUCGUGGCUGAGGUGCAGGCAUCUACAUCUCGUGUGUGCAAGGUGACUGUCACUGAGAUGGCAAAGUCGGCGGAGAGGGCUAUUGAUGGCUUGCGCAGUCGCUACAACAUCUCGGCUACCCUCGCUUAGUCGGCAGUUGGCUUGUGGUCAUACGUUCACUGAGCACGGGACGCCGUUAUCUGCAUCAACUGGGGUCAGCUGUUGAAUUCUUCGGCAUCACAGAAGGGGCACGCACAUCUGUACAUAUCAGUUGCAUGACACAUCAGAUAGUUCUUAUGCUACGGUCUCAGGUUUAGAUAUGUCGAAGAAAAAUCGAUACUCGUGCUUCCGAUCCCUGGAACUUGCUUCUGAUUUGCUAUGCUUCUCGUGCAUCCUGUAAGAUGCUAUUUUCGGUGUAGCUCCUAGGAUGUGAGCCUCGGAAGGGUUGGGUUUUGUUGGCCCCUGCUAUAGAUGUCGUCUGAAGAAUGUUCACGAA